UUGCUGCUCACGAACGCUCUUCGUGGCCAUGCACAGUGUUCCACUCGGCACCGCAUCAACUCAAGGAACCUCAUCGAAACUUCUCCAACGCCACUUGCAACCCCUCGUCACGCCACUCAGCUGACGGCUCCAACUGCUGAUUUCGCUGCCAAUUCGUCAGUCACUUCAAGCUUGCAGUGGCACGCCAUGCACUGUUGUGGCAGCCAUGAGCCUAUCCAAGGAAUGUUUGCUUAGGCACAGGCAUGCGACUUGGACCAAGGCAGAUAGAACAGGCAAUGCUCUCAAAUAGGGUAGGAAAUGUCAGGGCAGGUUCACGACCUCUCCUUUCCUGUCUUUGCUUCUCUACCCAUUCGCGACACAAGUCUGGCACUUGCAGCUUUCCAUUUCGACUGCGACGACCGACCGCACUCCUCUAGUCGUGUUUUCACCACUCGCGCAUGACCGGAAUGCGUGCGCCAUUCAUCGCUUUGUGCUUGAUCGCUGCAAUCUCUUCGUGCUCGGUGCAAGGUCAACCAAUUGCUGGGACUGAGCUGCGCGCGCGCGCUCCACCGGACCCCACCGAGCCGCGAAAGAGUUCUGCUUCGGAAACGAGUCGGGAUCGUCCGGCCAAGAUUCAAAAAAAGGUUUCUGCGUCGCACGGACAGGACAUCCAGGCGGUACAGCGCAAGGCCGACCGACGCGUGGCUCGUGCAAAAGCUCGAGAGGCUGCUGCUGUGCACUGGAGCUACCUCGACGAUGUGGAUAGGGCGAGCACCUCCUUGACUGCCACGAACCCCGUUCUAACAUCGACUACAUCACCUGUCCGAGCGAGUGGCACUUCGCUCAGGUCUAAGGCGAGAUGGCAACACACGAUUCGACAGUUCAAGACGACGCCCCAUUUGACCCUGCGCAAGUCCGUCUCCCCAUCUAGCUCGGGCUUUCUGAGCGGCUACAGCGCAUCAGGUUCCGAAGCAGGCAAACCUCGCAACAAAGGUACAGCUACGACUUCGACCUCUUCCCUGUCGACCUCGACGAGCGCAGGGGAGCUUGCGCAUGAUGCGGAGAGCGCAUGGAAGAAAGGAAUGGGCCACGUGUUGCUGUGAAGCGGAAAAGUUUUUCGGGAAGCGCCGCCUUCUUCGCAAAAUAGUCCGGAGCCGGAAGCAGGUAGCAUAGACGGGAGAGGGGGGGAUCGGAAUAUGGUCAGAGGGAUUUUCCAAUCUGGACAAAACGCUCCCCGGGUGGAGCAAGAUGGGAUUGCGGCGUCAAAUGAAAUGUACG